CUCAUCUACCGUUUCUUCGAAGAGAUAGACGCCAUCUGGAAGGUACUCGGAAAGGACAGAACCUCCAACACCGUAAUUCGUGAACACAGAAUUGAAGAAGGAAUUGUCGAGGAAGAAGAGAAACACGAAGAAGAGGAAGAGGAAGAAGAGGAAGAAGAGAAACACGAAGAAGAGGAAGUUUGGGCAACCCUUGUUGCCGAUGACAGUUAUGAAAUUUCCCAACCCUACCCAUACAAAAUCCGCAACAAGGAGACAGGCAAGGUUCUUACCCCAGUCCUCAACAACUUGGGACACUUGAACCUUAACCUUCGGAAUCGCGGUUCAAUUUCCAUGGGCAAGCUUGUCGCAAUUCAAUGGGUUCCAAAUCCAGCAAGAAGACGAAGGUCAGACACAUUGACGGUGACAAGCUCAACAACCGUAAGGAGAACCUCGAGUGGUUCUAA